CCGCCAGCUGUUUCUGUCUCGCCUCUCUCCGGUCUCCGGCCAGCCAGUCAGUCACCGCGGCCCAGUCGCACCGUGCGUAUCGCGGUCGCGUGUGUGGCCUCGUAGUCGGUAAGAUCUCUCCCACCAGUGUGUUUUAUAUGUGAAUGCUAAUUUUCUAAAAUAACCCGUUUUUGGCUUACAGUUGUGUUAAAUUUUACUAAUUUGCUGUCGUGUGUGAUUUGGUGAUGUGUAUAUACUUCACCUGCAGUUCAUUCGCUUAGUACUGGAUGAUCAUUUAUAUAGGAGCAUGCCGUGAGCCAGACGAUGCAAGAUGUGGCCAACUCUACUUCUCCUGGCUCUGCUCAAACCCACGCUCUCUCUCGACACCUCGCAAUGUACGGCUCCUCUCGGCAUGGAGUCCGGGGCCAUCCCAGAUGACGACAUAACCGCUAGCUCCUCCUUCGACAGCGGCAAUGUAGGCCCUCAGUUCGGCAGGUUACGUGGGGAGAGUCACGGCGGCGCGUGGUGUCCCAAGUAUCAGAUCACGACAGAACCCAAGGAGUGGCUUGAGGUAGACUUGCACGGCGUGCAUGUCAUCACCGCCGUGGAGACCCAGGGUCGCUUCGGCAACGGCCAGGGGCAGGAGUUCGCAGAGGCCUAUCUGCUGGAGUACUGGAGGCCACGGCUGGGGAAGUGGGUGCGGUUCCGCAACAUCAAGGGAGAGGAGGUGCUGCAGGGUAACACCAACACCUACUUGGAGGCCAAGAGGGAGUUGGAUCCUCCCGUGUGGGCCAGCAGAGUCCGCUUUCUCCCCUACAGCUACCAUCGCCGUACCGUCUGCAUGCGAGUGGAGAUAUAUGGCUGCUAUUGGAAAGACGGAAUCGUAAGCUACUCGAUGCCCCAAGGAGACAAACGAGGGGCUGGAUGGGAGUUCUUUGACGCCACAUAUGAUGGGCACUGGGACGGCCAACUGCAGCGGGGCCUGGGUCAGUUGACUGACGGUAAGGUCGGCCCAGAAAACUUCAAAAUGGGAUACUAUGACUAUGAAAGAGGGCAAGGUUGGGUCGGCUGGAGAAACGACACAAGGGGCGGGCAGCCUGUCGAGAUCAAAUUUGAGUUCGACCAAGUACGUGAGUUCACCGCUGUUCACGUCUUCUGUAACAAUCAGUUCACCAGAGAAGUUCAGAUAUUCUCUGAGGCGAAGAUUAUGUUCAGCGUAGGAGGCCGCUACUUUCAUGGCGAUCCCAUCACAUACAGUUACAUGGAGGAUCGUAUCUUUGAGCAUUCUCGCAAUAUCACUAUCAAACUCCAUCAUCGCAUCGGUCGCUUCGUCAAGAUGCAGUUGUUCUUCGCCGCGAGAUGGAUCAUGAUCAGCGAACUUUCCUUCGAGUCUGACAUUGCACAUGGCAAUUUCAGUCAAGAAGAGCCAACAGCUAGUGAGAGCAACUUACAGAGUGACGUAUUUGUGGAUAAAACUAUCAGACCCCAGUCUGAACUACCAGUAUCGACAGCCAAGCAGGAAGAUGAGACGUACAUGGCGGUCCUGAUCGGAGCUCUGAUGGCCGUCAUCAUCCUGCUGGCCGUGGCCAUCUUCCUCAUUGUCUCGAGGCACCGACAGUCCAAGAACUUCGCGAGUCCUCUGGCUGCCAAGUCCGCGCUGCCGGGGACUACUGGCCACCAACACCAACACCUGUCCUCGGACAGCAGUUGCGGUACGGCGGAGAAGUGCGGGACCACGUACAGCGCCCAGGGCGGCAUCGACACUGCCCUACUGAUGGACACCAAGCUGGAAGACUACCAAGAGCCCUACCAAGCCCUCAAGUACGCCCCCUACUACAGUUACAGCACUGUGGUCAUGGACUCUGUUAAUAAGCCGCCGGUCAUCACGCAUCCAGACACGGGCCAUGAGUACGCUGUGCCCGAGCUGGGUACCACACCUUUGUUGACCGCCUCCCCUCAGAAGCAGGACAUCGUCAUCACCAGGGGAUCCGGCAAGUCGGCCAAAGAUGACGCUAAAGGAAGCAAGUCCCCAAGUCAUCAAGAUGUUCUUUCGGCUCUGAAGCGGCGACUGGAGAAUACCUCGGUCCCCGAGUUUCCUAGGCAUCGACUAAGGAUGUUGUCAAAAUUAGGAGAGGGAGCUUUUGGAACUGUUUACGUUGCUGAGGCCGAUGGCAUUCUCGAGUACGGCACAACUACUUCUUUGUCCAAGCGUCUGGUCGCUGUCAAAUUCCUCUUGCAAAAUGCUAGCGAGAAAGAAAAAUUGGACUUCCAGCGAGACGUACGUAUAUUGGCUGCCCUGGAGGAUCACAACAUCGCUCGCGUCCUGGGAGUCUGCAGCCAGGAGGAACCUUACUGUGUCGUCAUGGAGUAUCUGGAGCAUGGGGAUCUCUGUCAGUUCCUCAGGAGUCACGGUCCUUCGGACACCGCCACCACUCUUCCCCUAGGAGUCAAAACACUUAGGGGCCUCGGUUUGCGCAAGUACGUAGGCGUGAGGCACAUCUACAACUGUUUGCUCUUUAUGGCGGCCCAGAUUGCUUCGGGGAUGCGAUAUUUGGAGUCCCUCAACUUUGUGCAUCGCGAUCUCUCUACAAGGAAUUGCCUGGUGGGAAAAGCCUAUCACAUAAAAAUAUCUGACUUUGGAACAGACAACGACUUGUAUGCUAACGAUUACUACAAGAUGGAGGGAGGAAUGGCGCUACCCGUCAGGUGGAUGGCUUGGGAAUCUAUCUAUCUGGGCAAGUAUACGACGAAGAGCGAUGUUUGGUCAUUCGGAGUGACCUUGUGGGAGAUCCUCCACCUGGCUCGACGGCGACCCUACGAUUCUCUGACGGAUGCUGAGGUAGUAGAGAACUUAGGUCAGUUGUACCGUGACGAAGGGGACUUCCUGUUCCUGCCCAGGCCCGCUAUCCCGCCGGCCACGAAGGACAUCGUGGACCUCAUGGGAGAGUGCUGGAGGCGUCACGAGACAGAGAGGCCUUCCUUCCGCGAGAUACACCUCUUCUUGCAGAGGAAGACGCUGGGCUACGCCCCCGUAACAUAAGACUUGACUUGUUCUGUACAUCUGUAGAGGUUCUCACAUUUUCUAUGAGUUUGACCAAUGUACAUAUAAAGAGAUGUAUAUUCGAGCCUAAUGUAAAGUAAGUAAAGCCUUGUGUAACAUACGAAACCCUGAGCUCCACGAGAGCACUACUGGAUCUCUCGAAAUCCUAUUUUACUAAUAGAGUUGACGUGUGUUGUAGAUUGUGGAAUGUGGUUGUUUAUUUUCCUCGCGAAUAGUAGUAGAAUUAGAGACCCAUUGCCUUGUCGAUUAACUUUAGUCUGUUGUAAAAUACUUGACAUUAGUGAAAUGUAAGCUAUUACCUGUGGACACCCGCCUUACACAAUCAGGCUUCUUAGUGAUUAUAAUCCUCUCACAGUUAACACUGCCAACACACUGGAGACACUCACUACGGCAUUCGAUGUUUCUUCCUCGACCUCGACCUCCUUCUCACGCUGCGCUGUUCACCUUUUCGUUUCGGAUCCAAAGCAAAACCAUUUGCCGCUGUCUAGAAAAUUCCAACAUAUCUAUUUUUUCACAUAUCUUGCGUUUAGUCUGAAAAUCUGUGAUAUAAUAUAGGUUAGAAAUACUUGUCGUGUAAUGUGACAGUGCUGGUCAUGAAUUGUAAAGAAAACACGAUUUUGUAAAUUUUGUAGUGUACUUUAUUGUUAAAAUCAAAGUGAAUAAAGGUACCAAUGUUUAUAGAAAUUAAAA